UAACAUAAUGUUUAAUUUUAUAGAAAAUGGUCUACAAAAGAUGAUUCCAACCUAUACAUGAUCUUCGAUUAUGUUUGUGGAGGCGAGCUGUUCACAUAUCUGCGAAAUGCGGGGAAGUUCUCUAGCCAAACUUCUAACUUUUUUGCAGCAGAAAUUGUAAGCGCUCUUGAAUAUCUACACUCACUGCAAAUUAUAUAUCGAGACUUGAAACCAGAAAAUCUGUUGAUAAAUAGGGAUGGUCAUAUAAAAAUAACCGAUUUUGGAUUUGCUAAGAAACUCCGUGAUCGGACGUGGACAUUAUGCGGCACACCCGAGUAUAUAGCACCAGAAAUAAUACAAUCUAAAGGCCAUAAUAAGGCAGUCGACUGGUGGGCGUUAGGCGUAUUGAUUUAUGAAAUGCUUGUGGGUUAUCCGCCUUUUUAUGAUGAGCAGCCAUUUGGAAUCUAUGAAAAAAUAUUAAGCGGCAAAAUUGAAUGGGAGCGCCAUAUGGAUCCCAUUGCUAAAGAUUUAAUAAAAAAGUUAUUGGUGAAUGAUAGAACAAAGAGGCUGGGGAAUAUGAAGGUAAGGCUUGAU